AUGCUUGCCAGGUCGUUCGUCUUCCGGACGCUUUCACAGCAAUGCCCUAGGAACACACUAUCGCCGGGGUUCUACACAUCAGCCUCAACUUGGAGAUGUUUCGCUUCGAGUGCUUCGCGAACGAAAGCAGCCACUAGGGUCCAGCCCCAGGCAUCUUCCAAAUCCACUCUACAACCAAAAGCCCGUUCCAGUUCUGAAGAGACAUUAAAAUUCGCCGGGCGACGACCGGAAGGGUUCGGAAAACUCGAACGUAAGGUCGCCAAAGAGGGACAGAUAGUACUUUUCCGGGCACCGUCACAUCGCAGUUAUGUACUAGGAGCCUAUGGGAUCUCAGCGUUCUGCUUUGCCUACUCAGUGUACAACUCCAAUAUUGUCUUCCGAGACCCAAUUGUGCCUCUUCCUAUGUGGCAGCAGGCUCUAUUCGGUGGAGUGUGUAUCAUGAUGAGCGUUAUGGGCACGGUUUUCCUCUUCAAGACCGCACGGUUGAUCAAGACGGUCAAGGUCGUCAGUACUGAUGCCGGAGCCCAGCUUCGCUUUACGAUUCGAAGUACGAUCCCUUUCCGGAAGCCGUACGAGUUCGAUGCAUUGCCUCGUCAGAUCGCGUUUUCUCGCCGUCUGGUGGUCACGCCUGAGUCUGCCAAUCUCAUGCAACAGGGGCCAGCAGCUCCGAAUGGGCAAUCAUCCGAUGUGAGCCUCAUCAGAGCACCCCUGAAAAAGUCCAGCGUUCUCCUUUGGCGGCUCUUCCGGUCAGUGCGGCAGCUAUUCACCCAGGAAGAUUUCGUCCUUCUGGAGGUGGAGGGUCAAAAGGGGGUUUUUCGAAUGGAUUCCGCGGGAUACGUGUCGGAAGACUUUCUGGUUAUUGGGAAUCCAUUGAGCGUUAAGCGAUAA